AUGGAAGGUUAUCUCGGUGAGACCAAAAAGGAUGUGAAGAAGGCUUGCGAAGUGCAACAUAGAACUUCAUCCAAAUUGGCAAAGCUCUGUGGGAAUGCUAUGUCUCAAAUCAUUUCCCUCUCAAAUGCCUGUGAAGUGGACGUUACAGAACAACUAACGGCUCAAAUUCAUGAACUCCAAAUAAUGACUGAGGACGUCUCUCACACAUACUCGAGCUUCAAAGCCGAAAUGGAUAAAUUAACAAAAGUUUUUCAAGAAUUGAGGAAGAGUUCCGAGUUCAUGGUCCAGCAAAGGCUCAACACGAUAGAUGAAGAUCGUUCCAUCCGUACCGCUGCAAUAGAAUCGCUGCGAAGACAACAGAAAAGAACUACUAAGAUAGAAGAACUGGCUAGUGCUAUUGUAGCGGAAUGCAGUCAAUACCAGCUAGAGAGUAAGGAGGUUAUAGACUCUAUGGAAGUUCAAAACCGUGACGUUUAUGAGAGACAUUUGACCGAAAUUGAUACAUGGGCAUCGGAAUUCCAAGGACAAGAGGACAUUGCCUUAGAAGCAGUGCAAUCUUUGCACAUUGCACUGGAAGAAGGAAAUAUGUCUGUCAGCAAUAAAAGCUCGUCAAUAACUUGCGCUCUAGGUGAGACCUGCUCUAAGGCGAGCGAUCUCAAUGAAAAGUUAAAGAAAGACGCGAACGACUUCGAAGCUAGACUAACUUCGGCGAACAAUUCUGGUUAUGAGGAUAUGAAGAAUAUCAUGGACUCAAUUGAUCGUCUGUGUGACGAACUUAACAAUGUUAAGGACGAAGCUUUGAAAAAAAGAGAGGCUGAGCAGAAUAAUCAG